AUGUCACAGGGUGGUUUAUCGACUGUUAGAAAAAAUUAUAUGGAAAUAGGAGAGUAUAAUUUUUCAUGGCCUGGAGAAAAUGGUACAUUUCAUGAUUUCGGAUCUCUAAAUUAUACGAUGCCGUCAGGACCUUGGUAUUGGCCUUGGUGUCCCACGUGGAGGAUUUUUCAGCAUCCCUUGUUUCAGCUAUCGAACACGCUCUUCGUAGCUGCUUACUGUGCUCCUAGUACCAAGAAGGGCCAACUUUGGAUGCAUACAAUUUUAAUAUUUGGUUUUAUGCUAUACUCGGUAUGGGCUUGGCACGUUAUAUGCUCACCCGAUGCAUUUUCCUGGAACUUCAGCUUCGUGUUUCUUAAUCUGGCGCAAGUUGUGUAUUUGGUGUAUGAGAUGAGGCCAGUUAAAUUCGAUCCAGAACUAGAGGAGGUGUACCACACGCUCUUUGAACCUUUUAAGGUAACACGUUUGCAAUUCAAACGUAUGGUGUCACCUGACUUCGCGCAUGUGAUGUCUCUACACGCGGGUGAGGCGUAUGCUAUGCAGAAUUUGACCAAGACUGACCGUCUCGGACUAUUACUGUCAGGAAAGGUGAAUGUGAUGAGCGGACAUCAAUUCUUGCAUCCAAUUCUACCUUGUGAAUUUCUCGAUUCACCUGAAUUUGAAUCGAGUAGGGCUACGAUCGAUGAAAAAUUUAAGGUAUCCAUAGUAGCAGCGUCGUCGUGUCGCUAUGUAUACUGGCAGCGUAGUUCCUUAGAGUAUUUGUUUGUUAAGGAACCGUAUUUGGCUUGCGUAGUGACUACAUUGAUCGCUCGCGAUAUAACCACUAAGUUGUACGCUAUGAACAACAAGAUUGUCACAGAGAGGGGUUCGCAUUUGGAUAUAAGAUUACCAAGUAUAUCUCAUGCGCUGGCCCGAAGCCCUAGAAGACUUAGGGCGAAGCCACCUCCACCUACCACAGUGCAACCUGUCCCACCUGAAAAGAGACCAAAUUACUGGUCACGGGAUACUGAAACGGUAGCGCAUCUUGCAAGUCGUAAUGGAAUAACAACGUCGUAUCCAGAGGAUGAAGAACUGAUUCCUCUGGCAGCUCACGAAGCACCCGCCGCUUCAUCAGAUGAUCUGUCUAUAGCUGAUAGCUGUCCAGACACAUCUUCUAAGUACCACAGCUGUGAAGGUGUUGAAACUGAUGAAGAUCUUAGACAUUGA